AUCUGUAUCAAAAGGGUUUAGUUCCUGUUUGAAUUCAACGCAAUACGAGCUUCCUGUUCAGCUGUAACAACGUUUCCGAAUCAGCACAGACUGGCUGCGGCAGGAAGUAACGCUGCAUUCAUAAAUGGGCAGUGUCUCCCGCCGCUAGCCAUUGGUUUCAUACAGGCGCAUGAGUUAUUUCGAGCCGCAGCCGAAACUUUCCGGACAAAGCCGUAACUAGGAUCGGAUUUAAAUCUCCGUUUUAUGCAAUUGCAGUUAAAUGUCCAGUUCUGUCUUCAACACAAAGCCUGCACUGAAUUGCAAGAGGCCACUUUUCACAUUUCUUUUCUUUUCUUUUAAGUUCAACACUCCGAUUGUUUGCUACACUUGCUGGUGGAAAGUAGACCUAUAAUCAAAUUAAUGUAAGAACAAAAACAGAACAGCAAGCGGUCCAACAAGCUCCUUACUCUUUCCGCCUCUGAGCAACACAGUACACUUCUGAAUGUUAGCGUACAUGGCCCAGUGCUAAUUGAGUAAACAGAUGUUUAAAAUGCAACGAUCACAUACGCCAGAAGGAUAUCUAGAUGUCUCCAUCACUUCCGAAACUAGCCUAGAUAUAAACGUCUGUGGUUGUAUUAGUCGGUCAAACUGACAUGUCAAUGUUAAGAAGGAACUAUGUCCAAGCCAACUAUCAUGUUUAUGGAAGUGUUUCACGCAGCAUUAUUCUGUGCGUUUCUUUUGGGUCGGGUAGCUGGUCAGAUAGAAGCUUGCCAGGUAUGUACGUGUACACCAGCGAAGGUAGUGGACUGUACGGGCAAAGGUUUGACGUCACUGCCUCCAGGAAUCCCAUAUGAUACUAUUGCGCUGACAUUUUCACAGAAUAACCUUACAAGAAUUAAAAAGCAUACCUUCAUGAACCUCACCAGACUCCGAACGUUGCGUUUACAAUUUAAUCAAAUUUCGACCAUAGAGCCAGGAGGUUUCAUUGGACUUUCCGGCAUGCUGGAUUUACACCUCGGGUCAAAUCGACUAGAAAAGCUCGAUGCAGACACGAUGCUUGGCAUCAAUGGUGGAUUUUUGUUUCACUUGGACGUGGCGUGCAAUAAGUUGAAGAGCUUAAGCCCUCUGACAUUCAGUGGAGUAGCAACGCCUUACCGAAUUGUAUUUCGUGACAAUGAAAUCGUGGAGAUUCCACCACGAUUAAUGUACCAGAAAAACAAAGAACUUGUCAUGUUCAGCUUGGUCUUCACAAAUAACCGAAUAGAACGCGUGGCGCCUGAUGCAUUUGAAGGACUGAAAUAUAUACAUACUCUGUAUUUCGCCUCAAACAGAAUAGCCUCUCUUCCAGAAAAUCUUUUUAUCAACACAACGAUUCGUGGCCUUCUGGACUUGUCUUCAAACAUGCUCACUGGUCUUCCAGAGGGUUUAUUCAAGUCGUUGGGAAGACUCCGUUAUUUGUACUUGCACAACAACAUGCUAUCUUCGCUCUCAAAGAAUAUGUUUGGAAGACUACACUCCUUGAGACAACUAUUGAUCUCAGACAACCCCAUCAUGCAAAUGGAUGACCGGCUUUUCUCUGAAACUCAACUUGUCAAUCUGUACAUUUACAACACCCAGCUGAAAACAAUCGGUGACAGGCCAUUUGUCACAAGAAACAAUACCAUGACGCUUGUGUCACUCUAUGCCAAUGAUAUUGAAGUCAUCUCAGAUUCUGUCUGGCAAGAUGUGGCACCGAAUUGCAAAAUAUUUGUCGACAAUACCAUACGAAGAGCACCUCACGCAAGAUCAGAUGUCGAAAUUGUUUUAGCGGGAAGUGGAUUUGUCCAAUCCAUCAACGUUUCAAGUCAAACAGGCGAAGCCCUGAGUACUUCUGGAUUCAGCUGUGUGGGAUUACCCAACUCCCAGUGGGAAUGCACACCUUGUCGCCAAGGUAACUACGGUGGCCCCUGGAUGUCUUGCAGGGCCUGUCCACCUGGAGGAUUUUUUCAAAACCGAACCGGUCAAGUUGCAAGGAAAGGGGCUGCCAUGAAUUGUCUUUCUUGCAACAAUGGCACUUACGUCACACCGGAGAAUCACCCGGGAAGAAAUAUCGGCGACUGUGUGGUUUGUCCAUCGGGUACGGAAAAAUGUCGCCACGCUGGAUUCCGCGCGUGUCCUUGUUUGUCUAAUUACUAUCGCCGAGACCGGUUUCGUGAAUGCUUUCCUUGUCCCUUGGAAGGUAUCAACUGCUCGGGGGAAUACCAACAUCUCCUGCCUGGAUUCUGGUGGACUUGGGAUUGGGGUUCAAUUGACAAUUACCAAUCUUAUAAAAGGUAUGUCAAAAAUAUUCUCACGGAGAACAACAGCUAUGAUAGAAGCACCCUCAAGUUCCAAGGAACACUCCCGAAAGUCCAUUCAUGUCCGAGGAAAGAAUCCUGUCAAAAUAUUGGAGACGGAAUAAAUGCAAUAUGUCAGUCUGGCUACGGGAAUUUCCUCUGUUCCCAGUGCAUGGCUGGCUUCUACUCUUGGUUCGAUCGGUGUUUUGAAUGCCCGAGGUGGUGGGUGUUCUUUCUUGAAAUCCUUGCUACAGUUAUUGUCAUUAUUGUAGUGGUCCUCAUCGUUGCCUGGGACCUUCAGAGACAUCGUCGAAGAGGUCGGUCCGUGGUCAGUGUGCUUUUCUCAAAAUUUAAGAUUUUGCUCGGUUUCUAUCAGAUCAUGGGUGAGAUAUUCGACGCACUUCAUGAUCUUCCCUGGCCGAGGCCUUUAACUAAAAUCGGUUCUUUUAUCAGAGUUUUGGAGAUGAACGUCAUGCAGUUGAUUGUGAGUCCUCGUUGUUACUUCCCAAACUUCACCUAUCCAACAAUAUACAUUGAAUUUAUUGGUGGUCUGACCUUUUGCAUUCUUGUAAUUAUGUUGGCGUUGAUCGUUUACAGACUCAAACAGUGCUAUCUACGUCUUAAGGAGACACCAAGUGACGUUUACAGUGACCGGCUGGCGGAAACAAAAUCAAAAUGCUACUUAGUUGUUACUGUUUUGCUAUUUAUCACAUACCCUGGCCUAUCAAGUGCCAUCCUGACUUUGCUACCGACUGGCUGUGAUGACUUCUACCUAGAUGAGAACAAUAAGAUCAGAGUCCAUCGUCUUCGAUCAGACUAUUCCAUCGACUGUGACACAAUUCAACAUGUCACGUAUAAUCACGCCGCCGAGGUUUCCCUGUGCUAUGUUAUUGGCUUUCCAUCAGUGCUGCUCGUCAUGCUGUGGAUGAACAAUCGGCGGAGACGGAAGAAAGCCAACGAUUCCUCGAGCUCGUUAGUUAUUUCGAAUAGCUCAGACCAAACACCAGUGGGCGCUGCAGACCAGCAGACUGACCACGACAAUCAGCGUCAUCAUGUGGAUGAUGUCCGCCAUGGUACAUGCCGUAAUAAUGAUUGUGCCGUUGUGGCUUCUCAGAAUGACUCACAUGAAACGACAGAUGCUGCUCAUAGCAAUCAGCCUUUGUCUCUUCCAUCGAUUAGCUCGUCAGUAAGAAGCAUUACAUGGGAAACCUUCCUGUGUGAAAAUUACAAGGAGCAGUUCUGGUAUUGGGAGAUCGUAGAGCUCACAAGAAAAAUCCUCCAAGUCCUCUUCGUUCUGUUGUUCGGUGCUGAGGAUCACUUCACCCUCUUCGCGACCAUCGUCCUAUCCGUUAGUUUUCUCGUCGUCCAUGCCUACGUUAAGCCAAUGAAGGAUGUUGCAGAACAUCGUCUUCAGAUGUGCUCCCUGGCUAGCAUUUUUCUGAAUUUGUUGGCGGCCUCUUUGCUCCUGUUACCAAGUGAGGGCGGCAGUCCCAGCGAAGGAAGGAAGGAGGUUUUGGCAGUAUUUCUGGUUCUACUCAAUCUCACCAUAGUUGCCUUUGUGGCGGGCAGCGCGAUAUGGUCAUUUGCCACGCUGGUUUUUAAGACUGCAUGCUGCCAACGUGCUGUCAGGUUCAUUGGUCAUGUCUGCCGUCAGCUUCGGCUGCCAAGACGGUACUGGGUACUGAGGCGACACCCUAGUCACCAUAACAUAGGAGAAAGGCAUGCUUUGUUAAGCGGAAGGCCUGGGAGUAACCACGAAAGUGUGCGCAAUCGAAUUGUGUGAUGGGCUUGGCUAUUCGGUGCAGUGUUCCCUGGCAUGUUUUGCUCUCAGGUGCAUCACUGUGUAGUUAUAUUUUUUAAAAUUACUUAUUUUCUUUUGUUCAGUUUUUAGUAAUUUUUUGUAACAAAAGGGUUAGUCUCUCCAUAAAUUUAGCUGUAUGUUGGGGUACGCCCUCAGCGCCUCCCAUCACGAACGACCUAUUAGAGGCUCUUUGGAGGCUAUCUCGUCAAAAGUGCAGGCUACCGUCAUCACAGAUAUGAUUGUGUAGACUAGAUAAAAUCUUGCACUUUCAAGAUUAUAUGUAUGGAUGUAUGUUAUUAAUAUUGCUAUGUCGGCUAGUUCAGCAUAGAUCACAAUGCAGUGCUGAUGUUGUCAGGCAAGGGUUGUACAUGUACAGUCUACGUCUGGUUGGAUGUUUGACAAGAUGCAUUUUAAAGUGUAGCUGCAAUGAAUUUUUCUUUGGCACGAUUCUUUUGCAUCUUUUUACGUUUCUUCAAUGCAAGAAAACUCUUCCACACCACACUCCUAUUUGGUUAAAUGCACUGAAAAGUGCACACUUUUAAACAAAUAAAAUUAUCCAUGUUUUUUUGCUGUUAAGUCAUUUAGGAAGACGUGGCUCAAAGGUAUUUCUGUUCAAAUUGUGAACCCAGAAUUUACCAACUAAUAACAGUUCUGAGAGAGGGACUGAUGGUUUCUUAUUGCUAUGCACAUAAACAACAAUGAAUCAGUAAGGGAGAGAAAACUUUGUCCAGGAAGAUCUACAAAAACGCAGGACUUUUUGUGUACAAACCAAUGUAACAUUGAGGCUUAUUCCUGAGAUGACAUCACAGUUUUGCUCAUGAAUA